AUGGAAAUCCCGGCACCUUCGACGCCGUCUUCUCUGACGCGAGCCGCGGGCCUCGUCUCAGCUCCCACGAUGCCCUUGAAGGCCGCACUGUCAAAUUCCUUUUCUGAAGCUACCUCUCCUACCAAGAAAACGACGUCGGGCUCGACAGGCGCCUCUCCAGUUCACGGAAGCGGCCGCGGGAUGUACGUCGUGAACAGACGGGGCGAAGAGGAGCCUGUCUCCUUUGACCAGAUUCUCAAGAGAAUCGAAAAACUCUCUUUUGGUCUCCACCCUCUCGUUGACCCAGCCCGAGUUGCUCAGGCAGUUAUCAACGGCAUGUACGCCGGCAUCAGAACGAGCGAGCUCGAUGACCUCGCUGCCCAAACCAGCGCGUACAUGGCCGCUUCUCACCCCGACUUCUCCAAGCUCGCCGCCCGCAUCGCCAUCGACAACUUGCAUAAAAAUACAACGGACAACUUCCUGACCGUGAUUGAACAACUCCACGGCUACGUCGAUAAAUUGGGACGCGAGGCGAAGCUGGUCAGCACCGAGGUGUACGAGUUCGUCAAGGCGAAUGAGAAGGCGCUCAACGAGGCCCUCAACUAUUCGCGGGAUUUCGAGUACGACUACUUCGGAUUCAAGACACUGGAACGGUCUUACCUUCUGAAGAUCCACGACCGCAUUGUCGAACGCCCGCAGCACAUGCUCAUGAGAGUUGCGUGCGGCAUCCACUGCGGAAAUGUCGAGAGAGCGGUCGAGACCUACGAGCUGAUGAGUCAGAAAUUCUUCACGCAUGCAACUCCGACCCUCUUCAACGCCGGCACGCCCCGUCCCCAAAUGAGCAGCUGCUUCUUGUUGACGAUGCAGGAGGACUCGAUUGACGGAAUUUUCAGCACUUUGAAGCAGUGCGCUCUGAUAUCCAAGACUGCCGGCGGCCUGGGUUUGGCCGUUACCGACAUCCGCGCCACCAACAGUUACAUCCGGGGCACGAACGGGUACUCGAACGGGCUCCUGCCGAUGCUUCGCGUCUUCAACGACGCGGCGCGCUACGUCGACCAGGGCGGCGGCAAGCGAAAAGGCAGCCUGGCCAUCUACUUGGAGCCCUGGCACUUUGACGUCUUCGAUUUCCUCGACAUCAAAAAGAACCACGGAAAGGAAGAGCGGCGUGCCCGAGACCUCUUCUGCGCCCUGUGGAUCCCCGACCUCUUCAUGGAGCGCGUCAAUGACAACGCGGGCUGGACGCUGAUGUGCCCGAACGAGUGCCCGGGCUUGACGGAAGUUUGGGGGGAGGAGUUCAAGGAGUUGUACGAGCGCUACGAGCGCGAAGGUCGCGGCCGGAAGACGAUUCCGGCGCAGCAUUUGUGGUUCGCCAUCUUGCAAGCGCAGAUCGAGACUGGGACGCCGUACAUGCUGUACAAGGACGCAUGCAACCGAAAGAGCAACCAGAAGAAUCUGGGCACGAUCAAGUGUAGCAACUUGUGCACGGAAGUCGUCGAGUACACGAGCAAAGACGAAGUUGCCGUGUGCAACCUCGCGUCUGUGUCGCUUCCCAAGUUCGUGGACCGCGAAACGCGGACCUUCGACUACGAGCACCUGAAGAAAAUCGUUAAAGUCAUGACGAGGAACUUGAACCGCGUCAUCGACCGAAACUACUACCCGGUUCCUGAAGCCAAGAACAGCAACUUGCGUCACCGCCCGGUCGGCUUGGGCGUUCAGGGCCUCGCCGACGCCUUCAUGCUCCUUCGCUAUCCUUUCGACAGUCCCGAGGCUCGCCUCCUGAACCGAAACAUCUUCGAGUGCAUCUACUACGCCGCGCUCGAGGCCAGUUGCGAGUUGGCUGCUGAAGAAGGACCCUACGCGACUUACGAGGGAUCGCCGAUGUCGCAGGGUAUUCUCCAGUUCGACAUGUGGGGCGUCACUCCAUCCAGCGGUCUGUGCGACUGGUCUGCGCUGAGAGAGAAGAUUAAGAAGCACGGCGUACGCAACUCGCUCCUCGUCUCUCCUAUGCCGACGGCCAGCACGUCUCAGAUUCUGGGCAACAACGAGGCCUUCGAGCCGUACACCUCGAACAUCUACUACCGUCGCGUGUUGAGUGGCGAAUUCUUCGUGGUGAAUCCACACUUGCUGCGCGAUCUGUUGGAGCGCGAUUUGUGGUCUGAGGACGUGAAGCAACAGCUGAUUGCCCACAACGGCUGUGUGCUGAACAUGGACGUUAUCCCGGAUGAUUUGAAGGCGCUGUACAAGACGGUCUGGGAGAUCAAACAGCGCGUGGUCCUCGACCUCGCCAUCGACAGGUCGCCGUACAUUGACCAGUCCCACUCCCUCAACAUCCACAUGGUGAAUCCGACGUACGCGAAACUGUCCACGAUGCACUUUUACGGAUGGCGUGGAGGCCUGAAAACGGGUUUGUACUACCUGCGCACACAGGCUGCUGCGGAUGCGAUCAAGUUCACGGUCGACUCUCAGCUGGCGAUGAGUGCCAAGGCGAAGCUGAGCGGAAGCACUUUCUCAGGCGUCCUCACCACCACUACUAGCUCGGCGGCAGACGAAGAGACAAAGAGACAGGACGUUGGCUCAGCGGAUCCUGUCGAAACUGCACGCACAGAGGCCUCGGGGCCCGUCUGCAGGUGGAGACCGAAAGGCGCCUCCCCCGACGAGCCCUGUGAAAUGUGCUCCGGCUAA